AGUUAAAAGUUUGACGAUGGCCGACAGACCUCGCAGAGACGUCCAUGGAUUGAAUUAUAAGUCACUAUCGGAGUACGGGAUCCCAGAUGCGGGGGAAACCAAAGAGGAGAAGAAACUUGAAGAUCCAAGCAGUGUUAAAAGGAAGUUGGACGUGAGGGACGAGAAAAAAUCUCUAAGCAGUGCGAAGAAGAAGUUGGCGGCAGCCCUCAGUCUAGACAAAUCCUGCAAUGAAGAUGAUGUUGAAGACGAGGAGUUGAGAUGUUUAAGGGCGGAGUUAAAAAGCACAGAAGAUGAUUUAAAAUCACAGAGAUUACAAAACGAAAAGUUGAAGUUGAAGGAAGAGUUAAAGAGAAAACAGCAGGAGUUAGAAAAAGAGAAAGAUUUAGAAUUAUUACAGUUAAAAGAGGAUGUUAAAGUUUCUACUAGAGCAGCAUAUGCGCUAGGAUCGAAGAAAAACUUAUUAGUCCAAUGGAGAGCCUUUUUACUAUUUUGCACGUACUUUAAUAUGAGUUUUAUUCCUGCAAAUUUGGAUACUAUUUGUUGUUAUGCACAAUUUCUCAGUCGGUCUUUUAAAUCUGUAGAAUCUAUUAAGAAUUAUAUUAAUGGUGUAAAAGUUAUGCAUUUAAUGUUGGAUUGCUCUUUUCCACACUUAGACAGUUUUGUUUAUAAAUUACUGCUUAAAGGAUUGUCACGAAUCAAGUCACAUAUGCCACGUAGAGCUUUACCCAUUUCACCAGAUAUUUUAUUAGAGAUGGUGGAACAUUUUGAUUUAGAAAAUGGUUCUGAUUGUGUAUAUUGGUGUCUUUUUUUGUUUGCCUUUUUCUUGAUGUCCAGGAAAUCUAACUUAGUUCCAGAUUCUUGUUCUCAAUUUGACAAGAAUAAGCAAUUGACCAGAGGUAAAGUCUUUGUUGUUAACGAUAUUGCUAUAGUUGUUUUUGAAUGGACUAAGACUAUUCAACAUGGGGAAAGAAGAUUAAAGAUUCCGUUGGUUAAAAUCCCUGGCUCUGUCCUUUGUCCGGUUUCUGCGUAUAAUCAUAUGUGUAGUAAAGUUCCGGCAUCUCAUGAUUCCCCUGCCUUUGUUAUAAGUAAGAAUUCGAAGUUGACACCAGUCACUUAUGGUCAGUUCCAGAGAAAGCUGAAAUCUGUUAUUCUGAAGACAGGGAGAGAUCCUAAUCUAUAUUCAUCACAUAGUUUUAGGAGAGGUGGUGCCACUUUUGCAUUUAGUUCACAUGUACCUAGUGAUCUUAUUCAAUUACACGGGGACUGGGCAAGCGAUGCCUAUAAAAUAUAUUUAGAAUUUUCUAUGAAGGAUAAAAUUUCUGUAGUUAGAAAUAUGGCAAAAUUUGUUUAA